UUUUAUGCAUUUGUAAAUGUAUUCACAUUCAGGAUUAAUGCAUGAUCAAGAUUUUUCUUUUAUGUGUGUGCUUAAGAGGUCCUCCUUCUCACACUGUCUUAAUGGUUUAUUUUGUGCAAAAAGAAGUUUGUCUAAGCAAGCUAAUUAUUUUUUUUUAUUGAACAAAUAAUCUGAUUUUUUUUUUCAAAGAAUAUUUAAAUCUUUAGUAUAUACAAGGCCCAUAUUUAAUAGCGGACCUUGUACCUUGUAUUUUUUCCCCUUCCUCUUUCUAUAUAACUUUUUUUAAAAUGAGCACCCAGGGGCCGACCGACAAAGGUCCACGAACUGGUCUCACGUGCCAGGAAAAUUAUGCCUGUGCUGGUAAUGAUGAGGCUCUGUAUGAGUGUGAUGAGUGCAAUACUGUCCAAUGUCAACGUUGUGAAGAAGUAUUGCAUAAACAAGAAAGACUUCAGAAUCAUGAGCGUACUCGUAUAUCCCUUGGCUAUGUCCCUUUGUGCGCCGUUUGCAAAGGAGCCAAUCCCAGUGCCGUGCAGAACAGCACAAAAGAUGCUAAGCAGCGGGCUGCAGUUAGAUGUCUGUCCUGUAAGAUUAACCUCUGUGCUGAAUGUCAAAAGAAUACCCACUCUAGUGGAAACAAAAGAAAGCAUCCUCUGUCCGUCUACCAAGCCUUGAAGAGUCCAGUGCAACAAGAAGUUAAAGGGGACGAGGAGAACCUCAAAAAGAAAAUGACCGAGAAUGCUGUCAGUUUUCUUCUUGUAGAUGAAACGGAAAAGAUUCAGGUCACGGAUGAGGAUGAAUUCUUGAAGAAACUGGACUGCAAUCCAGAUGACUUGCUGAAAGUUGUCUCCAUUUUUGGAAACACUGGUGAUGGCAAGUCUCAUACCCUCAAUCAUACUUUCUUCUACGGUCGCGAAGUAUUCAAGACUUCUCCUGCCCAAGAGUCGUGCACAGUGGGUGUGUGGGCAGCCUUUGACCCUGUGCACAAGGUGGUGGUGAUCGAUACUGAAGGUCUGCUUGGGACAAAUGUCAAUCUGAGUCAGAGAAUACGUUUGUUACUCAAAGUGUUGGCCAUUUCAGAUCUGGUUAUCUACCGAACUCAUGCAGAUCGUCUGCACAAUGAUCUCUUCAAGUUUCUUGGUGAUGCCUCAGAAGCCUACUUGAAACACUUUACAAAGGAGUUAAAAGCCACUACUGCAAGAUGUGGGUUAGAUGUGCCACUGUCCAUGUUGGGGCCUGGAGUCAUAAUUUUUCAUGAGACUGUUCAUACAAAGCUGCUGGGGUCAGAAAGAUCUUCUGAAACCCCAGAAAAAGUCAUUCAAGACAGAUUUCGAAGGCUUGGCCGUUUUCCAGAAGCCUUCAGCUCUAUUCAUUACAAGGGGACGCGCACCUACAACCCACCCACGGAUUUCUCAGGGUUGCGUCGUGCUGUGGAGCAGCAACUGGAAACCAAUACCACCCGCUCCUCUCGGCAUCCUGGAGUCAUUUACAAAGCUCUAAAGGCUUUGAGUGACCGCUUUAGUGGGGAGAUUCCAGAUGACCAGAUGGCUCAUAGUUGUUUUUUUCCUGAUGAGUAUUUCACCUGCUCUGCUCUUUGCCUCAGCUGUGGAGCAGGAUGCAAGAACAGCAUGAAUCACUCUAAGGAAGGACUUCCUCACGAGACAACGAGCCGUUGCAGGUACUCCCACCAGUAUGACAACCGAGUGUAUACCUGCAAGGCUUGUUAUGAAGGUGGGAAGGAGGUUAAUGUGGUUCCCAAAACAUCUGCUUCCACCGACUCGCCAUGGCUGGGUCUUGCCAAGUAUGCCUGGUCCGGAUAUGUGAUUGAAUGUCCUACUUGUGGAGUGGUUUAUCGCAGCAGACAGUACUGGUUUGGGAAUCAGGAUCCUGUGGACACUGUUGUACGUACAGAGAUACAACACGUUUGGCCUGGAGCUGAUGAUUUCCUCAAAGACAACAAUAAUGCGGCCCAACGUCUACUAGAUGGUAUGAAUUUCAUGGCACAGUCUGUAACAGAGCUGAGCAUUGGACCCACCAAAGCUGUGACAUCUUGGUUGACCGACCAAAUUGCCCCUGCCUACUGGAAGCCAAAUUCUCAAAUACUGGUAUGUACGAAGUGCACGGUUCCCUUUAAAGAGAAUGAUACCAAGCACCAUUGCCGGGCCUGUGGGGAGGGAUUCUGUGACGGCUGCUCAUCCAAAAGUCGUCCGGUUCCUGAGAGAGGCUGGGGGCUUUCACCAGUACGUGUGUGUGACAGCUGCUAUGAUCGGAGAGGAAGUCAGAUAGUUGCUGUGGACUCUGUUGACGAUGAAGAAGGUGGUACGUUAAUUGCCAGGAAGGUUGGAGAGGCCGUUCAGAAUACAUUGGGUGCAGUGGCGACAGCCAUGGACAUUCCUCUCGGACUUAUGAAAGAUGCUGCAAGACCUGCAUACUGGAUCCCAGACCAUGAAAUAACUCACUGCUACAACUGCAAGAAAGAAUUUAAUAUCAAGCUAUCAAAACACCACUGCCGGGCAUGCGGACAGGGUUUCUGCGACGAAUGUUCAAGUGACAGGCGGCCAGUCCCAUCCCGCGGCUGGGAUCAUCCUGUGCGUGUCUGCAUUAAUUGCAAUAAAAAACCUGGUGACCUUUAACCCUCUGUUUCCACUCCUGUCCUUCACAAUUCCGUACGUUCUCAGGGUUAGCUAUGAGUGGAACCAUUUUCAUCCUUAGGCCUGUCUGGCGUGCAUGCUUCUAAUCUGUCGAUUUUUGGGGUCAUCUUCAUUAGUCCAUCAACAUAUUAAACAGCCAACGUUGCUUUGUUCAGGGAACAAGACAAUAUAUAAUCUGCACUUUUUAACUAUUUAAUAAGACGAUACAAUUGAAAAAUCUUCAUGAAGAAACAAGUGCUGCAGCAUUUUGGGUCACUGGGAUAGUGGGCCUGAUCUGUUAACUGACAUAUUUAACACUAUACCUAUCUGUACUGUAUUCAAUAUCUGGGAUACGCCUUUGCCAAUAGGAAUUUGCACUUUAUUUUUAUUCAGCAUGGCAGUUCAUAGACUUUAGCUUUUUUUUUGUCUCC